AUGGCAUUAUACGCAAGUGCUAAGGCAACUGAAAGUAACAGUACUUCAGAAGAAUUACAUAAAACAUAUAGGGAUCAGAUAGAACACAAGUCAGAUUUAAUUAAUAAGAAAAUAAUUUUUAUUGCACCUAGGAUUAGAUUUAGGCGUGGUAUUAUAAAUGGACUAGGUUCUAUAGUGAAGGCGAUAACUGGUAAUUUGGACAACGAAGACGCGAUUCGAUUUGAAAGCGAAAUAAAUAAAAUUCGUAAUUCGGUCUAUAAAACGCAAAGCUCACAGAGGCGAACCCUAUCUUUAGCUGAAAGUACUACAAAGGAAUUUUCGAAACAACUAAGCAAAAUAGAUGAUAACCAAAAGAGAUUAACAUCUAUACUAAAAAACAUAACAAUUAAUUCCGAUACAAUAAAAAACCAGUUACACUUUUUAGAGAUUUACGUUCAAAUAAGUUUUAGUUUACAGAUUAUUUUAGACAAGUUAAUGGUGCUAGAAGAUGCUAUGGCAUUCUCGCAAUUAGGUAUAAUGCACCCUAGUAUUAUAAGCCCACGAAAUUUAAUUUUGGAACUUAGUAAUUUGCAGGAUAACUUUUCACUUUAUCCAGCCGAGGAGAUCAGUAUUGAUAAUAUUCAUAAGAUAGAAAAGUCUAUUAGCGUUAAAGCCUAUAGUACAGAACAUUCUUUAACAUUUAUAUUAGAAAUCCCAUCCGUCCAACCUAUAUUAUAUGAUUAUAUACACAUAUAUUCCCUGCCAAACAACCUAAACCUGACCAUUAUACCCAAAUCCAAAUUCCUCGCACUUGGAAGCGAUGAGUACGCCUACCUGGAAGAAGAUUGCAAGAAGCUGUCAGAAGAUACCUGGCUCUGCAAAUCCCUGGAUACUAGAGCCAUAGAGAAAUCUGAAGAUUGCAUCAUCUCACUCAUCAAGCAUAAAGAUGGUAACUGCACUCAAGCGCGCAUGAAUCUGAAGCGAGGAAAAUUGCAGAAGAUCAAAGAAAAUAAGUGGUUGGUAGUAUCAACGGAAUCAGAAAUUAUAAAAACCCAAUGCGGACAGAAAACAGAAUAUAGGAAACUAUCAGGAACAUUUUUCAUCAACCUAACACAGGACUGUCAAGUUAAGAUCAUGAAUACAACAAUAAGAACACACACCAGCAGCAUCUCGAUGGACGAAGUCAUCCCUCUACCCAACGAGAACCUAAUAAACCAGGAAGAAGUCCAGUACGAAAUACAUCUGGAAGACAUCUCACUAGAUAGUGUCUAUGAACUUAUGAACAAGGUUGAAGACAUUCAAGAAAUAGAAAACUGGAACUGGUCUUAUAUUAUGGCAAUCCCCAGCUGGUCUACAGUGCUCCUCUACAUACUAGCAGCAUCUAUUGCAAUCUGGAAGAUAUACAAUUGGAAUAAGCGAUCGAGUAAAGCAAGUCGCGAGGACGCUCCUGGAAGCUGCAGAACUAGCUUCCAACUUAAGGAGGGAAGAGUUAACGUGUCGUAA